AUGUUCCAACGCACCAUCCUCAGACAGGCUCAAGCCGCCCGCUCUCUCCUCUCCGUCCGAUCGACGUCUUCAGCACCAUUGGCGCUCCGCCGCACGUCACAAUUCCAGCCGCAAUCCCUCCGUCCACUUGCUCCUUUGCCUGGCUUGCGCAACUACUCCACAGAGAACAAGGCCGAGGAGGACAAGCAGGAGAAGAACGAGAAUGCUGAAUCGGAGUCCCAGAACACCGAGGAUGCCGUCCGCAAGGAGCUUGAAAAGAAGGAGAAGGAGGUUGUUGAUUUGAAGGACAAGUAUGUCCGCUCCGUCGCAGAUUUUCUCAACCUCCAGGAGCGCACCAAGCGUGAUAUGGACAACGCGCGCAACUUUGCUAUCCAGCGUUUUGCCGUUGAUCUUCUUGAGAGCAUUGACAACUUCGACCGUGCCCUUCUGGCUGUGCCCGAGGCCAAGCUCAACUCCAACGAGCCUGAACAUAAGGACAUUAGGGAUCUCGUCUCCGGCCUGAAGAUGACCCAGAACGUCUUGAUGAACGCCCUCAAGAAACACGGUCUAGAGAGGUUCGAUCCCAGCGAGCCUGCUGAAGACGGCAAGACCCAGAAGUUCGACCCCAAUAUGCACGAGGCUACCUUCAUGGCCAAGGCUGAAGGCAAGGAGAACGGUGAUAUCAUGUACACUCAGAGCAAGGGCUUCAGGCUGAACGGACGUGUCUUGAGAGCUGCCAAGGUCGGCGUUGUCAAGAACGACUAA